AUGCCCACGUCACUUUCGUUCCACGGACAAACCAGCGGUAGGUCAGCAUCACAACGUGCUGCGGCACGUGCUCGAAGUCAUUCCGUUCAUCCUCGUGCUCCUGCUCCACCGAAGAUUAUGAAGAUGUCGGUAGCACCACCAGCUCAGCCAUUGACGCCGCUAUCAUUCCAAAACUCCGCUCCAACGAAUGCUGAGAAACGUCGUUCAUUAAGCGUGGAAAGCAUCAAUCAGGAAAGUCGGUUCGCACCGAGGAAGCAUUCAGCAAUGCAAUACCGUGGUGCCCUGACAUCUGACAGUUUUCGACAGGCAACCGAUUUCUAUAGCGAAAAUCCUUACGGUUGGUCGAGCUGUGGACCACCGCAUCCUUAUCCUCCAGGAUCACCUGUACUGGUGAAGCCUCGCUCAACAAGUCGAGACAAGGACAAGCAACGGCGGAAGAGUCUCGGC